AUGACGGCAGAACAGACCCCCAACAAAGCGACCAUUCAGGUGCCGCUGCUGCUGCCCAUCAACGUGAAACUGCUGCCCGAAAAACACGAAAAACCCAUGCCCUCCCACGCCUCAAGGGCUCCCGAUGCCCAUACCAUGGAGAUGAAGAACCGCUUCUACUCCCACAAGUUCUGGCCCAUCCUCUCCAAGCGCUUCUACUACCUCCAGGAGAUCGAGAUCUUCAAGGGCAUGGUCAGAGGAAAGGGCAACCUACGAGACAUUUCGCUGUGGCUCGCUGCCAAUAUAGACUUACCGGCCCGUUUGGCCCAGCAUGAUAGAGAGAUAGAAGAAAGGCGGAAAGCCGAGGAGGAGAAGAAGGAGGUACGCGUGGAAAUGCCACAUCAGACGCCCGUCUUGGAACACAAGGGCUACGAGGAGGAGGACGCCUCCCCGGUGAAAAGAGGCACGGCAAGACAGAAGAGACCCCAACUCACAGAGGUCAAGCCAGAUAUCUCCAGCACCAAGAUCGAGCUCCAGAAACCCAAGGUGUCGAUUUUGGAGAAGUACAGGCAGAACCAGGCGCCCGCCCAGCAGCCGCGUAUCGACUACUUGUUUCAGAAAUCGUUUGGCCUGGCUCCUCAGAAACGAAGAAGGCUUGUUCGGGCCGACAACGCUGAACUUUCGGCUUCUUCCGCUGAACUGACGCCGGGUCCUUCUUUGAAGCCGGGCGCCUUGACGGCUGCCUUCAGCCACAACGAAGAUGUGCCCAGAAUCAAGCCUUCCUUUGAGAAUGGCCAUGAUUUGGACGAACUAGAACAGAAGAUUAGACAAAACAGGAAGAAGAGCAAACAGGCAGUUGUUGUGGACAGCGACGCCGAUCUCGAGGAGGAAGAGGACUACAGUGAUGAUAUGUCGCAGGAGGACAACGACAGUGCCUUCAACUCUGGCCUCACCUCCAUCGACGGUCAGAUCUUGGAGUUCCUCAAUAAUGCGCCACAGGAGGAUAUUAUUGAGAUUUGUAAUAUCCAGCCCAAGAUCGCCGAACUCUUGAUUUCCAAAAGACCGUACCAUUCGAUUUACCAGAUCUCCGAGGACCGUUUUGACGAAGCCACUCCAGAGCCAGAGACAAAGGUCAGAAGACGUGGUGGUCAGAGAAAGGCAACAGGCCUCAAGAUCGUGGAGAGCACAGAGUUUAGUCUUAAGGGCUACAAGGCCGUGGACUCCUUGAUCAAAAAGUGUUCUGACUACGGAAACUUGAUUUCCCGCCAAAUGGACAGAUGGGGUGUCAAGGUCACUGGUGAGGGUGAACUCAGCAUGGUUGAGCUUUCUGGUGAAACCAAGGACGAAGAAGAUGACGAUGUUGGGGCCAAGGGCCGCAGCAUGCCAUACAUCAAGCAUAAGCCUACGCUUCUUGCUGAAGAAGUGGAGCUCAAGACAUAUCAGCAAGUUGGCAUUAACUGGCUCAAUUUGCUUUAUCAAAAUAGACUUUCGUGCAUUCUCGCUGACGAGAUGGGUUUGGGUAAGACCUGUCAAGUUAUUGCAUUCAUGGCUCAUUUGAAGGCCACUUCCGAGAAAGGCAGCGCCCAUCUUGUGGUGGUGCCUUCAUCAACAUUGGAGAACUGGCUUCGUGAGUUCCACAAAUUCUGUCCAUCAUUGGUUGUCCAGGCAUACUACGGAUCUCAAGCAGAACGUGAAGAUUUACGUUACGAGCUUGCCGAAUCCGAAUACGAUGUCUUGGUCACAACAUACAAUUUGGCCACCGGCUCGCCUCCAGAUUUCAAGUUCUUGAAGAACCACAAAUUUGAUAUGAUUGUUUACGACGAGGGCCACAUGUUGAAGAACUCCAGCAGUGAAAGAUACAACAAGCUCAUGAGACUCAAGGCUAAUUAUAGAUUGCUUCUUACCGGAACGCCGUUGCAGAAUAACUUGAAGGAGCUUGUAUCUCUUUUGGCUUUCAUGCUUCCAAACUUGUUUGUUGAGAAGAGGGAGGACUUGCAAGGUCUUUUCAAUAAGAAAGCCAGUGUGGAUGCCACCUCUGACGACUACAACCCACUUAUGUCUCAGCAAGCCAUCAACAAGGCGAAAACGAUGAUGACUCCGUUUGUUUUGAGAAGAAAAAAGGCCCAGGUGCUUAAAUAUCUUCCCGGAAAGAGCCAUGAGGUUGUCAAGUGUCCAUUGACGACUGUUCAAAGAGAAAUUUAUGACAGUUUUAUUCGCCAAGGUAAGGAGGCCAGAGCCGAAAGAGAGAGAAGGAAGAAGCUUACAGGUAAAGAGGCUGAUGCCGCUAGAUCGAGUCCAACGGCGUCUUCAUCGAACGUCAUGAUGUCGUUGAGAAAGGCAUCCAUGCAUCCUCUUUUAUUCAGAAGACAGUAUAAAGACGAGAUGUUGGAGGAGAUGGCUACGAAAAUCAUGAAGGAGCCAGACUAUGUUGCCGCUAACAAGGACUACAUUGUUGAGGAUAUGCUGGUAAUGAGCGACUACGAGCUCAAUGGUCUUUGUGAAAAGUUCCCCAAGUCGCUUGGAUCUUACAUUCUAGAGGAGGCCAAAUGGUUUGAGAGUGGAAAAGUGGCUGAACUUUUGAAGAUCUUGAAACAAGUGGUUGAGAAGAAGAAGGUUCUCGUCUUCUCGUUGUUCACGCAAAUGCUUGAUAUCCUCGAAAAGAUUCUAAGCUUCUCCAACAUCACGUUCGUUAGACUUGACGGUCAGACCAGCGUUGAAACCAGACAAGACAUUAUUGACCGUUUCUACGAGGACGAUACCAUUCCUGUCUUUUUACUUUCUACAAAAGCAGGAGGUUUUGGUAUCAACUUGGUUGCCGCCAACAAUGUCGUCAUCUUCGACCAAUCGUUCAACCCUCAUGACGACAAGCAAGCGGAGGACAGGGCUCAUCGUGUUGGUCAGACAAGUGAAGUGCUCGUGACCAAGCUUAUCUCAGAACACACUAUAGACGAGAAUAUUUUGAUGCUUGCAGAAAACAAGCUUCAGCUUGAUCAAUCGAUCAGCAGUGAAGGAAACGAAGCUAAGAUUGAAGAAAAAGCAGCUUCGAUGUUUGAAAAGAUCCUCUUUGGCGAGUAA